GCGCGUUGACCCGAGCGCUCGCGUUUUCUGCCGCGUAGUGAAGUGUCCGUGUUAGAGUUUAUUUCGUGAUUUAUGUAGAGACUUUUGGACAUCGAACCACGCCGAUGAAAAACAUUAAUAUGUGAGAUGCAAAAUGUCUCCAUUCCUGGGAAGCCCCUAUGGAUUGUGCCAGCAACCAUGUAAUAUCUUAACAUGACUCCCAUCACAUUUGCCAUCUUUAUUACAAGCCUAUUCUGGCUUAACUUGAGUGAUGCUAAAAUAGGUUACUUUUGGCACAUCACAGAUCUCCAUUAUGACCCCUUUCACAACUCCCCGGAGUUCCAUAGAGGUUGCAAGCACAAUCGCGCUAAUAGCGAGCACAAUCACAGAAAUGGGCGACACCGCGACCACACAUGCGACAGCUCCUGGCCUCUCAUACAAAGUGCCGUGGACUUUAUGGCACAGCGACAUCCGGAUACGCUUGAAUUCGUACUAUGGACGGGAGACAUACUUUCAUCGUCGAUGGAACACUUAAGCGAUGAAGUGAGGCUGGAGGCAGUUAGAAACGUCACCGACAUUCUCGGACGGACGUUUAGCAGUCAGUUCGUGUUCCCCGCACUAGGGCACAACGAUCCCCCACCGUCGCGGAAGCUGGUUGAUAUGUGGAUGCAAUGGCUACCUUCCGAUGCUUUGCAGACUUUUGAAACUGGUGGAUAUUACACUAUAGAACAUUCGUACAGCAAACUUCGUAUCGUAGUACUGAACAGUGUGCUGUGGUCAGGAGGAGCGACAAAGACUGAUGUACCUCACAGGGGGAGGGCGCAGUGGGAAUGGUUGGAACAUGUGCUAAGUAAAGCCCGGAGAAAAAAUGAAAUGGUAUACCUCGUAGCCCACUCUGGACCAGGCGUUGAGGAGAGGCACAAUGCUGGAAGCUCAUCAGCAUCAGGUGGUGGCGAGCUCACUCCGACAGCCAAUGCAAGACUAGUUCAUGUCGUCAGAGCAUUCAGUGACGUCAUUGCCGGACAGUUUUACGGACAUCGCCAUGCUGAUACAUUCAGGAUUAUAUACAGUGAAGGUCGUCCUGUGUCAUGGGCGUUGUUGGCACCGUCAGUAACUCCAAGAGGUGCUGGCAGCAUUUCCAAUCCUGGGUUGAGGCUGUAUAAGUUUGACACAAAUAAUGGAAAAGUACUAGAUUAUACUCAGUAUUAUUUAGAUGUAACAGGUAAAAGAGGAGGAGAAUUACAUUGGGGUGUGGAAUAUAACCUAACUCAAUAUUACGGGCUAAGAGAAGUGACAGCCGCCUCCUUAGACGGUCUUGCCAAAAAGAUUAGAAAUAGCAACGAUAGGACUAUGCUUUAUAAGUACCUGACUGCACUUCGGGUGCGUCAUGUCACAGACUUCUCAGACUGUGACAUCGCCUGCGUCCAUGUUCACUACUGUGCGAUAACUCAUGCGGACUUCCAUGAGUUUCGCUCCUGUGUUCGCAACCCGGCUUCGGCACUCGCAUCCCGUGCUCCCAAUCUAUCCAACGCAAUUAUAUCCUACGCCAUCAUUAUUUUAUGUUUUUCUAAAAGGUACUAAUAUUUUAUGUUAAAGGAUAUUAUGUGUUAGAUAAUUUAAAUAUUAAAUCCUGCAUAUAGUGACUUUAUCCAAGAUAUUUUAUUUAAAUUGUAUGUUAGAAUAAUGACAAUUUAUGAAAUAUUAUAUACCUCCUUUCUAAUGCCAGUUGUAAUUCAAAACUUCAUGCCUUUCAGUCAUGCCUUUAAUGACACGUUUUAUGAUUUAUUAUUUUUUUAAUAUAUGAAUUACCUACAGUCUUGUUCGCCUGUAAUUGAAUUACUAAUACUGUGGUCUGUUAUUUUAGUAAUGUUUAUAGUCUGUCUCUAUCUGAGCAAUUUCGUCUGAUGUUGGCAUCUCUGUAUUUAAAUAAGUUAUAGCCACUAUAUAAUUAUUAAAAAUUUAAUUUGAUAUUUUUUUUUUUGUAUUUCCUAAUAACUUAAGCCAUCAAAGGCAUCAAAGGCAAAAUACAUAGGAAGAUAUCAGAGAUACAUUAACAUGGAUUACUUUAUCACAAUCUUAAUUCUAUGGACUUAUUUUUAUUUUAAAUUGUAAAUAUGAAAUUCUUAUUAUUCUUAUGAGAUAUAUGUCUUGAAACCUUAAAAAAAUCAGUCGAUUUUUUUGUUUAUUUUUUUCUAAUUUCCAACAUAACAUAUUAUGAAAAAAAAACUCGCAUCAUUUAUUUUGCUUAAUGUUUUUUACUUUUUAAGUUACAUUUUUAUAAUUAAGUAAGACUUUAUUCCUAGCGAUCAUAAUAUCGUUUUUCAUAAUGGUACAAAGUCAUAUACUGUGCCGUACGUGUCGUAGCUCAACCAGAAAACUGCAAUUUCAAACUCGAAGUAGUUUCAAUACGUGACAUCAGUACCACAAUGAAAUACUCAAUGCAGAGUUUAAAUCUUUAGAAUCUCUGUGAUUUUAGUAAAAAAAAAUCCUUUCUUGUUAUGAUUUAACCACGAUAGUAUCGUUAUUACUUUUAUGUGUAUAAUAUAAGUAUAAGAUGUGUGUAUAUUUUAGAUAUAAGUCAAAUAGGUAAUACAACUAUGUAUUUAAAUUCUAACAGCCCUACAAAUAAACUUGGUUAUAAAGUUAUACCAGAGAAUAAACCAAGAAUAUGCAGAAUGUUGACUAUAGCUAACAACACUGUCAAUACAAUGAUAAUUCUGAAAUUUUCAGAAUGUCUAGCAGCCUUGCAAAUAAACGCGGGAAACGUUGUGUGUCCGAUUAAACUAAUAAGCAAAAGCGCUAUUUGUAAACCUUUUUCAUAUUCUUGGUUUAUUCUAAGUUAUAAUUUUAUACCAAGUUUAUUUGUAAGGCUGUAAAACUUUCGUGAGACAUUAUUAACUUUUUUUAUAUCGACCUUAACUCACGAUUAAUCGGUGUUGGUAGCGUUGGUGCACCCCGCACCCGCCAUCCUUUCGCAGCGCAUUACGAGCAUAAAUUCGCAGUGCUAGAUGGGACGCGAGCGCAAACUCACAACACUAACACUGAUAAAGGACCUCUGAUUGGUCUGAAACAAGUCAGUACCAAUACUGAUAAGCCGCGAGUUAAGCCGAUGUAAAUAAAUAAAACUAUGAGUAUUAUUUUCUAUUUCAUAUAACGAUUUAAAUGUACUGUAAGUAAUAAUAAUUUAAAUACACACAGCACAGUAAAGUAAUGUGUUUAUUGAGUUUUGGUAUAAAUUUAUAGAUAUGUAUACAUUUAAUUUAAAUAUUUUUAGUUAAAUCUAAGAACCUUUUAAUUAAUAAUUGUG